UUUGAGUUUUCAUGAUAUACCAACUCUGGUCACACUCUUUUUGGGGAGGAAAAAUAAAAACAAAGAAAAGAAAUUUUAAUUCCUAACAGAAUUUUGUAGAAUUUUAUUUAACAUAACUAGCCAAAUGGAGCCCAACGAUGAGGUGGUAGAACGCCAGAAACUAGUGAACGAUGUAGAAACGGAGGAGGAAGCCCAAAGCCAAAGUGCACCCAAAUCAGCCACCCCCGCCUCGCCCGCUGUACCAAAUAUCAAAAUCAAAGGAAUAUCUAGUGGAGAGACCACACGCAGCAGAAAUUCCGCUUCCUGUUCAAUAGAACGUACGAUAUCCGAAAAGGAGAAGGACAAAAGCCAGGGGCAGGGUCAAACAGCGACGAAGGUGACAUAUGUAAAUGAACGGCGACCACGCCCACAGGCACAUGUUGGAAGCGGCAGCGGAGGAGGCGGUGGUGAUGAAAGAUUCGAGUUCAAGACCCGGCCACGUAAAUUGCUCAAAGAUCGCGAUCAAAUGGAACCCACACACAGCAGUGCAAACAGCUUGAAUGCAAUCACUUUGGUGAGCAGCGAGUGGCUAGCACCUGAUCCCACAACCUCGAACAAGAAAACCACCUUAAUCCAACACAACACCAACAACAACAACAACGACAGCACAAAACCCAACAAUAACAAUCAACAUAAUAAUAGCAAUCAGAAUACACCGCGAUCGCAGCGUCGCAAGAAUCCUUCAGCCACGAUGCCAAAUACCAGUAUCCGCAGCGAUAAAUUCGACGAUCGUCCAAUAAAACAUCAUUCCUUUGUCUCCGAAGUUCCCGAUGUGAAGCACAUGGAGCGAGCUCUUCUAGGAUUGCUGGAUGACUUUCACUCCGGCAAGCUGAAGGCAUUCGCAGGUUCCGGCUGCACCAUGGACCAGAUGACCAAGAUCCGUGAGCAGCAGGAAAGCCUGGCCAAACUGCAUUUCGAGCUUGCUGCCGCCGAGGAGGAUUCCUUGGAGCACGGCAACGAGUUCAAUACCAACAAGGCUCAGGAGAAUAUGUUGCAGUUGAUGCAGCGUCUGGAACAGCUAUCCAUUUCCAUUGAGCAGCUGCAGACAAGCCACACGGGUCUCUGAGAUUUGGCUCAGCCGCAGGCUUGGGAUCAACGCCUGCUCUGGCUCUGAGCACAUUACUUUGAGGAAAACAAGUAACACCAAAAUACAGAAGGAAGACAUUUCGGAAUUCAGAUGAAGUUUUACACGAGAUUAGCGACUUUUCAACGGUUAGGGAGCUAUCAUUUAGGAUUUUGUGUAAAUAUUUUAAGUUUUACGCUUAAGUGGAAGGACUUGAUGGAUGGGCUUCUUAUGCUAAAUAGUUUAGCAAACUCGCAGUGAUUGUGAAACUAAUUUAGAUUAUCUUCGCAUAGCCAUAGAAAUAGCAUUAAAUUAUACAAAUGUAAUAGACGGUGCCAAGGGAUGGUGCUAAAAUGAUUCAUUUCAUUACAAUUCGAUUCGAUUUGAUUAUUGUGUGCUGCAGGUUAUCAAGCUUUUUGAUUACGAUAAAAAAUCUGUUCCGCUUAUUGUUUGUUAUAGUUAUUUGCAAUAUAUAUAUAUAUAUAAACACCUAAUCAUAUACAUGUACGGAACUCGGAACCUAUUAAAGUUAUCAUUUUUAUAAUGCA